CCUAACCUCACGGUCCUUGUUGUGCCUGUGCCCCCCAGCUUGGGCAGUGCGGGUGGAAAUCGGGCUGGGCUGGGGCCGGGGUGGAGCUCUAUGGCCUUCGCCUCUGCCUCUCCCGCCCUUCUUACCUGCCCCAGAGCUAGAAGCGGGGCAGCCUCUGCCAUGGCCUCCGGAUCCCCACGCAUAUGGGGCAGCGGCAAGAUCCGGACACAGUAUGGCCACCACAGUCCCAUUAAGCCUUACUUGCAGGGGUGACGGCGCCAGCUGGGCAUUGUUAGCAGGGUUACAGAAUGUCUUAAGAAUAUUGUGCCAGCAUGGCUGCAGAGGUAUUUCAACAAGAAUGAAGAUGUAUGCAGCCACACAACAGACGCAAAGGAGGUAUCAUGUUGGCAAGAAAAUAGGGAAGGUGACCAUCUCAUGUAUGCCAGUGAGGAGAGCUCUAAUAUUAAUGAUGGGAGGAUCACUACUGAGCCAACAGUCAGUAAUACAGAAGACGCCUCAACAACCAGCCCUGCUUCAAAUUAUGCAGGUGAAUUAAACAGGCCUUCUCUUCGUCAGAGCCACUUGAAUUUCUCCAUGUUGGAAUCCCCUGCAUUGAACUGUCAGCUGUCCACAUCAUCAGCAUUCCCAAUUGGCAGUUCUGGAUUUUCCCUCAUGAAGGAAAUUAUAGACUCUACCUCUCAGCAUGGUGAUGAUAACAUGUCAGCUAACCAUCAUUGUCAUUUUUCAGUAAGAGGUUCCGAUAAAGCUAUGGCUGCUUCAAAGAAGCCUUCAGUGCCACCUCUGUGGUCCCCAGAGGCUGAGCAGUCUCAUUCACUGUCACAGCACACUGCCACCAGGUAAAAAAAACCAGCAUUCAGCUUGUCUGCAUUUGGGACACUUUCCCCUUCACUUCAGAAAUCUCUGAUCUUUCAAACAAGUCAGCAUGGAGAUCCUCCUUGUUAUCCUGGAAAAGCAACAUAUGGUAGGGCAGCAGCUGCUGUAAGACAUUCUAAACUAGGAAGGACCCCUUAUCAGGCACCAGUAAGAAGACAGAUGAAAGCUAAGCAGCUCAAUUCACAGUCCUAUGGUGUGACUAGUUCAGCAGCUCGGCGAAUAUCACAAUCUCUAGAGAAGAUGUCAGGACCUCUAGCAGAUGCAAAAAGAAUUCUUUCUGUUGUUUCUUCUCCUGUGCAUUCUCCUCUUGAUAGGAGUUGGAUAGAUAACACAGAUUUUGGGGCCAAAAGAGAUAAGGUGGAUCCUCAGUAUCCUGUUCAAAAACUCAUGUCCCAAAAGCUAGUUUCCAGAGCAACAAAUCAAAGCGUUUAUUUUAAACCAUCUCUGACCCCAUCUCAUGAAUUGAGGAAGGCUAAUCAAAGAAUAGUUAAAAAGCACAGUACUCAUUAUGAAAACAAUGUGACACUGGGACAAAAUAGAGAACAAGAAAGUGGCUUUCCUUAUCGAAAUUUGCAUCUCUCUGCACCCAAUGGAUUAUCUUCUGGAGUAGGUAGUAGAGGUGGCAAAAUUAGAUGGGUGAGAACACGCUUCCUGGCAUCUAAACCACCAGUGGAGGAGGAAAUGGAAGCACCAGUGUUAUCAAGAAUCUCUCUAUCAAUCACCAAUUCUUCACUGCCUGCCUUCAGUUUUCAUUCUUGUUUCAUGACAACUUCCUCUCCAGCUCCCAUCAGUCCUUCACAAUCAGUAACAGAUAAGGUACAGAUGAUUUCUCCGAGCAGCACUGGCAGACCCAUGUUUAGAUUUUCUUCUCCCAUUGUAAAAUCUACUGAGGCAGUUGUACUACCUGCAUCAUCUACUGAAUUUACAUUUAGUAUGCCUGUUGCAAAAACAGAACUUCCAGACACCAGUAGUACUUCAGAACCUGUAAGUACUUCAGCUCAAGAUAUCACUGCAGUGAAUAGUAUAAGCCAUAAGAGGAAGCUAGAUGAAGAUGAUGAGGGCCCUUCUAGACCUGCAAAAACCCAGAAAGAAGGAAGAGUCCUAGAUGUUCUGAAAACCCCUGGUUUCAUAUCACCAAAGGUAGAUGCUUUUGCUGCUCAGCCUACCACAACAAGCCCGGUAGUUGAUACAAGACCAGUCAUAUGUAGAUUUUCCUCGAGUGUCGUUGGACUUGGGGAAAGUUUAAAAGCUAGAUCAUCAUGGCGCUGUGAUACAUGUCUACUCCUGAACAAAAUUACCGAUGAUAAGUGCAUAGCCUUUCAAGCCACAAAGAUGCCAACAAGAGAUACUGCUGCGACAGGAAUUGGGACACCAAGUCAAAGUGGCAAACCAACCAUUUCUGUAUCAGGGGCAGGCUUUGGGGACAAACUUAAAGCAGAAGUAGGAACUUGGGAUUGUGAUACAUGUUUAGUGCAAAAUAAACCUGAAGCAAUAAAAUGUAUAGCUUGUGAAACAGCCAGACCUGGAACUGGUGUCAACUGGUUCCUUCCACUGCCAGUGGUUUCAGAAAGUGCCGUAACUAUGACUCCUUCAUCUUCUAGCUGCACUGUGACCACUGGUACCUUAGGAAUUGGAGAUGAGUUCAAAACACCAAUAGGAUCUUGGGAGUGUCCAAUAUGCAGUGUUUCUAAUAAUGCAGAAGGCAAUAAAUGCAUGUCCUGUAUGUCCAAGAAAACAGAGAGCUUAGUCCCUGCUUCAGGUAGCAGCACUGUAUCUGUCAGUCUUUCUUCUGGAAGUGAUGUAGGAUUGGAGAAGUUGAAGAAUCCCGAGGGAAGCUGGGACUGUGAAGUAUGCCUAGUACAGAAUAGAGCAGAUUCUGCCAAAUGUGCAGCAUGCGAAAAUGCAAAGCCAGACACAACAGGCACAAAAUCUGAGUUUAAAGGCGUUGACACCUCUUCCUCAUCUUCAAACCCAGCAGCCUCAUGUUUCAAAUUGGGAAACCCAUCACCCUCUUCUGGGCCUUCUCUGACUUCAACAAGUACUGGAAACUUUAAAUUUGGAGAUCAGGGAGGCUUCAAAAUCAGCGUGUCUUCAGAUUCUGGAUCCAUAGACGCCAUGAACGGAGGCUUUCAAUUUGACAAAUCCACCAAGAAAGCCUGUAACUUUUCUUGUGAAGUUGUUAGCUUUGGCACAAGUGUUAUUAACCAUGAUCCAGCUGCUGCUAAUACUUCAGUGACCUCUGAGAAGAAGAGCACCUUCAGUUUUGGAACUGUAGAAGCCAAAAGUGUUUCAAUGGCUCCAUUCACAUCAGACAUAGAAAUGGAGGAAUUGCUUCCAGCCAAAGGAGGGUUCGCUUCCGGCAAUAUGGGAUCUGCCUCUGUGCCACCUGCCUCAGCGUUCACUUUGGGAAGGACGGAGAAACAGCAACAGCGCGUUGCUUCUGCUACUCCUGCAUAUGGGACGAAAACUGAUAAAGAAGAGAGAAAGCGGAAGCCACUGUUUUCCUUUCGCAAAUCAAAGCAAACCAAAGAUGAGAGUUGUUCACAGUUGGCAUUUGGUUUCAAUAUGCUAAAACUAUCUGAGAAGGCAUGUGAACGGUCAAGAAAGGCCACUUUUGCUUUUGGAGCUCAAACCAAUACUGCAGCUGAUCGAGGAAUAGCAAAGCCAGUUUUCAGUUUCUUGAACAAUAGCAGUUCCUGUGGUUCAAGGACAUCAGCCACUUCAGCAGGUAGUGGCAUAUUUACUAAUUCCACCCCUUCCUCCAACCUACCUGUGGCUGCUGGUGCGUUUGGACAGGCCAGCAAUCCCAUCAGCAGUUCUGCCCUUGGUAGCUUUGCUGGACCCAGCACAGCUCAGUCUUUGCUAUUUUCUCAGCAAAAUAGCACUGGUACAGUUGACCCAUUUGUCUUAGGUCCAGGAGCCAUGAGUCAUAAUACUUCAACCUCUGGUUUCAGUUCUCGAGCUACAGCCUCAUCUAGCUCUGCAGGAUCCUACUUUGUAUUUGGCAUUGGACCUUCAACACCAUCUGCCGGUCCAGCAUUUGGUGCUAACCAGACCCCAACAUUUGGACAAAGCCAUGGUGCCAGCCAGCCUUAUCCCACGUCAUUAUUCAUGACUGGUUCCCAGCCUGCACCACCACCUACUUUUGGCACAGCAUCAAGUGGUAACUGGCCUGCUGUGUUUGGACAGCAGCCUAGUCAGAGGGCAUUGGGCUCUAGAACAACUAAUUCCAGUCAAAUGGAUGAACUAUGUUUUCGUCUGCAGAGAGUUCAUUUUCUGGUUUCACAAAAAAAGACUGCUGUUAAAUGCAGGAAAUGUUGGUCACAAUGGUGA